UGUCGCGUUGCGCGUGAGUGCGUGUGUGACUCUAGUGUGCAGUGCUAUUAGUGAACUUCAAGAUGAUUGAAACCAUCAACUUGAUCCUUGUUGUGCUGUGGCUGUUCUGCUGGUGGUCCGCCCUGCCGCGACCAAGGGCGCGCGCAGCGAACAGCACGGCGCCCCCUGCGUGGCUCGUGCCCCUCCUGGCGGAGCUCGCCGCCUUUGCCGCCGCGGCCACCGCGGCCCUGAAGCAGUACUCAGCGUCGGCGGCCGGGCUGCACCAACCCACCCCGUGCCCCUGCACAGUCGACACCAAGGACGUCAUCAACGCGCCACCGCUGCCGCCCGCCGCCGUGCCGAGGCCCAUUACGGCCGACUUCGCCGACGACGCCGCGGUGCGGACUCGGUCGCCGACACCAGUGCCCGUCGCGCCCGCCCAGGCCCCCGCUGCGGCCCCCACCGAGGCACCGACGAGCACCAUCAUCGGGGAGUCCUGGCGACCCGAGGAGCCUUGGUGUAGGUUUGACGGCAAGUCGGACCCGACCACUUUUGUGAAUGAGCUGGACAUCUUCUUUGACGCCCACGAGCUGCCCCUCAACGUGAAGCGUGCCCUAGCUCUCGUUUUCCUGGGAGAGUACAAGAAGGAGUUGGCCCUCUGCGAGCCCCAGCAGUGCGGGCUCCGAACGGCCGAGGAGCUCCGUCACGCAAUCUGGGACAAGUUCCGUCGUGCCGCACCCAUCCCGGACGGCACCGUGAGGCACCCCACGGGCGUCGUUACCGACGCCGCCAUCGCCCCUCCUUCGAGGAAACGCCGCGGACGAGGCCGUAAGGGCCUCGGGCGCCCCCACCGCGAAGAGGAGGCCAUCUAGAAGCAGUCACCCCUCCCCGCGCCUCGCCGAGGAACCACCGGCGUUGGCGCCCUGGGGGGUGGAGCACCGUGCCGGACGCACGGCAACGGUCAGCCGCGAGGGCCCUGUCACGACGGCCUCCGGCGACCACCGUCCGCGAGGAGAGGACCAUGCCAAUCCGCUCCUCCCCGCCGACGCGGGACCCCGCGAGCUGCAGCGCCACUGCAGCACCACUAGUGUGAGGCACCAGGUGACCAACCGGGUGAGGUGACAGCUGACCCAUGGGGGGGUCACGCAGGCCGCGAGCCCCCAGAGCCGCCGCACCGAACGACGCGGACCACCAACGAGCUGCCGUCCUGCCCGGCCACUUCCCCACCGUAGCGACUUACGUCAGGCCCGCCGCGUCAACGCCAGCCUGACGACAGCUGACGACCCCGCGGGCCGAGCACCGCGACGACGCCCGCCACCCACAUUCGCCCCGGGGCACCCCGUGUGUCCGGCCACCUGGUCACCCACCACCAGCCCGCUCAGGGCCCCUCGCACCACCUGGGCCGCUGAUGGCCUAGGAGUGCCACCGUCCCGGGCCUGCCACACGCCCGGGGCCCCGCCGCGGAGCCGGCGCCUCAACCAGACCGCGGCGCGGUCACGAAGUGAGGCGCCCCCGCGGCCCCCCUCCGCCCGCCGGGACGUUGAAGGCGCCCCAGUCCUGCCCGUGUCAACUGGCGACCCGGCAGGUCUGGCUUUCCGCCCCCGCUGCUGCGAAGAGGACGCCACCCAAAGGACCGAGGACGAGUUCGACAUCGCCGUGCGCCGGAGCGCACGGGGGGUCACUUGAGCGCCGCCCCCGCCCGGAUAGGCCUGUCUGGGUGGGACCCGCCGCCGACUCGUGAGGGGCUCGCUGCCAGGGCGCGCCCCGCCCCCCCUGCACCCCUCCUGCGCGCGAGUCCUCGGGGAGCGCGACUCGGCUUCCACGGAGAGCCUAGCGCCGCUCCUCGCGGGCAGUCAUAGCGCCCGUCGCUCUCUGCCUCCAUGACCCACCCUCCUGGACAACCGGAAGAAGAAGAUCCGGCCAACUCGAGGGCCUCUGCGUGGACUCCUAUGUAUAUAUGUUCUCUAGUUCAUUGCGUCUUAUGUAACAUACUGUAAAAUUGUACAUUCAUUUCUUGCAUUGCGUAAUCUUAGUUCUCCUGUGUGUUUGGGUUUUUGUCACUACUAGCGUUAGGCCCCAUGGUCGUGUCUCAUGUGUUUUGUGUUCCUUUUGAUUUUUCUCUGUCAGUGUACCCUUUAGUGUGCAAUGGCAUCGCCGGCUUUGAUGUCCAACAGUUUAGCUUAGGUUAUUCCGUGUGAGGGCUUGUCAGGGCCGUGCUUAGGUUAGGUCAUGUUUUCUUUCUGUGUACUUUUGCUUUCCAUGUUUUUCACUUGCUUAGGUAGGUUUAGCUUUAGGCCCUCGCGGCAGGCUGGCAGGUUGGGGAACCCCUUCUUUAGUCGACGAGGCUCAUCUCUCGGUCUUCGAUCUCGAUUUGAACUCGCCGAGGGGGGUAUUGUGGGGUGCCCAUUUAUUUUUGGACA